GAAAAUGCAGAAAAGUUCCCUUCGCAAGAAGGGGCGCGAUCUCGCUCGGCCGAGGCAGCAAGCGUAGGACCCUUUGGCGACCGCUGCUUCGUUCUGCGCCCGGCCAGGCGUCCCAAAGCGGGACAGGAGCCGCUUAGCCUGCCACCCCCGCUACUUCUGCGACCUGGCGCGUCUCCUCUCCACCCUUCUGGAUAAAGGGCGACUCUUCCUCGCUCGGAAAUCACCGGUCCGGUUGGGAGCCAGAGAGGUUUCCAGCGACUGUCGUCUUCCCUCUCGCCUUGCGAUCCUUGUCUCCUUCCUCGCCUUGUUGCGCAUCCGAGGAUCUCCCCUGCGCCCAUGGCAGCGCGCAAGAUUUGGCCCAGCUGACUGCAGGCUUUUGCCGCGCUUCUUGGAUUUCAGAAAAGUAAAAGGAGUCUUUUGUAUGCCAGUUGUUGGGCAAUGGUGGCAGGAAGAUGUUGGCCAGGAAAAGUAUUAUCCCAGAAGAAUAUGUUCUUGCCCGCAUUGCAGCUGAGAAUUUGGGCAAGCCACGCAUUCGAGACUGCCAACGCAAAGCCCGCUUCAUCGCCAAAAAUGGGGCUUGCAACCUAGCCCACAAGAACAUCCGUGAGCAGGGACGUUUCCUGCAAGACAUCUUCACCACCUUGGUAGACCUGAAAUGGCGCCACACUCUGGUGAUCUUCACCAUGUCCUUCCUCUGCAGCUGGUUGUUCUUCGCCAUGAUGUGGUGGCUGGUGGCUUUCUCCCAUGGAGACAUGGACAAGCCUUGCACCACUGAAGACCUCAGCAAAUGGAAACCGUGCAUCACCUGCGUCAGGUCCUUCAUCUCUGCUUUCCUCUUCUCCAUUGAGGUCCAGGUGACCAUUGGUUUUGGUGGAAGGAUGAUGACCGAGGAAUGUCCCAUAGCCAUCAGUGUUUUGAUCCUCCAAAACAUUGUGGGCUUGAUCAUCAACGCGGUCAUGUUGGGUUGCAUCUUUAUGAAAACCGCCCAGGCCCACCGGAGAGCAGAAACUUUGAUCUUUAGCCGGAAUGCAGUCAUCACUGUCCGUAAUGGCCACCUGUGUUUCAUGUUCCGCGUAGGGGACCUGAGGAAAAGCAUGAUCAUUAGCGCCUCGGUACGAAUCCAGGUUGUCAGGAAGACCACCACUCCAGAAGGAGAAGUCAUCCCAAUCCACCAGCUCGACAUUCCGGUAGACAAUCCUCUUGAAAGCAACAACAUUUUCCUGGUGGCUCCGUUGAUCAUUUGCCACGUCAUUGAUAAGCGGAGCCCACUUUAUGACAUCUCCGCCAACGACCUGGCCAACCAAGACCUAGAAAUCAUUGUCAUACUUGAAGGUGUCGUAGAAACCACUGGAAUCACCACCCAAGCCAGAACAUCCUACAUAUCAGAAGAGAUCCUCUGGGGCCAUCGCUUUGUGCCCAUCGUCACGGAAGAAGAAGGGACUUAUGCUGUCGACUACUCCAAAUUUGGCAACACCAGCAAAGUUGCAGCACCCCGUUGCAGUGCCAAGGAGCUGGAUGAGAAGCCUUCCAUUCUCAUCCAGACCCUCCAGAAAAGUGAGCUGUCCCACCAGAACUCCUUGAGGAAGCGUAACUCCAUGCGGAGGAAUAACUCCAUGCGGAGGAAUAAUUCCAUCAGGAGGAAUAACUCUUCCUUCAUUGUGCCUAAAGUCCAGUUCAUCACGCCUGAAGGCAACCAGAACACCAUGGAAACAUGACAGAACCAAGCAGUCAUGUGCAGAGUGUCAAGACUCUGACAAUACCCCCCCCCCCCUUGGACUCAUAAGUCCCUAGCUGCAUGUCUCAGAGUAAAA